CGAGGCUCUUUCUUUUCUAGUCUUUCUCUCUAUUCCACCCACCGUGUUUUUUCAUCAUAUAUAUAAAGGACAUCAAUCAAACACUUCUAUAAAUAUAUUCAAUCACAGUCCUCAUCUAUAUUAUAUAACUUCCAAGACCUGCCAUUUCAAAAAAAUAAACUUCCAAGAGCUGAUAAAGGGUUUGUUGAAGAGAAGAAGAUCGAUAUAGAACAUAUAUAUAUAAUAUAAGAAUAUGUGGAAGCUGAAGAUAGCUGAUGGGGGAAAAGACCCAUAUAUAUUCAGCACAAACAAUUUUGUGGGAAGGCAGACAUGGGAAUUUGACCCCAACGCCGGCACAGCGGAGGACCGAGCCGCCGUGGAAGACGCCCGCCGUAACUUCUUCAACAAUCGCCAUAAGGUCAAGCCUAGCAGUGAUCUUCUAUGGCGUGCCCAGUUCUUGAAAGAGAAAGAGUUCAAGCAAACACUCCCUCAAAUUAAGAUAGAAGAUGGGGAAGAAAUUUCAUAUGAAAAGGCCACAACAGCAUUGAAGAGGUCAGUCCAUUUUCUCUCAGCUUUGCAGGCCAGUGAUGGGCAUUGGCCAGCUGAGAAUGCAGGCCCCCUAUUCUUCCUUCCUCCUCUGGUCAUUUGUUUAUACAUUACAGGACAUCUUAACACCAUAUUCACAUCUGAAUACCGUAAAGAAAUUCUUCGCUACAUAUACUAUCAUCAGAACAAAGAUGGCGGAUGGGGAUUACACAUAGAAGGUCAUAGCACCAUGUUUUGCACAAGUCUCAAUUAUAUUUGUAUGCGAAUAUUAGGAGAAGGGCCAAAUGGUGGUGAAGACAAUGCUUGUGAAAGAGCAAGACAAUGGAUUCUUGACCAUGGUGGUAUAACAUACAUACCCUCUUGGGGAAAGACAUGGCUUUCGAUACUUGGUCUUUUUGACUGGGCUGGAAGUAAUCCCAUGCCCCCUGAAUUUUGGAUGUUGCCCUCCUUUCUUCCUAUGUACCCAGCCAAAAUGUGGUGUUAUUGUCGAUUGGUGUAUUUGCCCAUGUCUUAUUUAUAUGGAAAAAGAUUUGUUGGUCCAAUUACACCUCUCAUUCUACAAUUGAGAGAGGAACUUCAUACUCAACCUUACGAUGAAAUCAAUUGGAAACAAGUGCGGCAUUUUUGUGCUAAGGAGGAUUUAUAUUAUCCUCAUCCGUGGUUACAAGAUCUACUUUGGGAUAGUUUAUAUAUAUGUACUGAGCCUUUUCUUACUCGUUGGCCCUUAAACAAAUUUAUUAGAGACAAAGCUCUAAAAGUAACAAUGGAGCAUAUUCAUUAUGAAGAUGAGAAUAGUCGAUACAUUACAAUUGGAUGCGUAGAAAAGGUGCUAUGUAUGCUUGCUUGUUGGGUUGAAGAUUCAAAUGGGGAUUAUUUUAAAAAACACCUUGCUAGAAUCCCAGACUACUUGUGGGUUGCUGAAGAUGGAAUGAAGAUGCAGAGUUUUGGUAGCCAAGAGUGGGAUACUGGUUUUGCCAUCCAAGCUUUACUUGCUUGUAAUCUCACUGAUGAAAUUGGAGAAACUCUAGCAAGAGGCCACAAGUUCAUAAAAGAAUCUCAAGUUAAAGACAAUCCUUCCGGGGACUUCAAAAGCAUGCAUCGCCACAUUUCAAAAGGAUCUUGGACAUUUUCUGAUCAAGAUCAUGGAUGGCAAGUUUCUGAUUGUACUGCUGAGGGGUUGAAGUGCUGCCUAUUAUUCUCAAUGAUGCCACCAGAAAUUGUAGGCCAAAGAAUAGAACCUGAAAGAUUUUAUGACGCUGUUAAUGUACUACUCUCUUUACAGAGUAAGAAUGGUGGUUUAGCAGCUUGGGAGCCAGCAGGAGCACAAGAUUGGUUGGAGAUACUUAAUCCCACCGAAUUUUUUGCGGACAUUGUGAUCGAGCAUGAAUAUGUAGAAUGCACUUCAUCAGCAAUCCAAGCUCUGGUUUUAUUCAAGAAACUGUAUCCAGGACAUAGGAAAAAGGAAAUUGAAAAAUUUAUAAUAAAAGCUACUCAAUUCCUUGAAGACAUACAGAUGCCUGACGGUUCAUGGUAUGGGAAUUGGGGAGUUUGCUUCACAUAUGGGACAUGGUUUGCUCUAGGAGGAUUAUCAGCUGCUGGAAAGAGUUACGAUAAUAAUGCAACUAUACGUAAAGGUGUGGAAUUUCUACUUAGAACACAGAGAGAGGAUGGCGGUUGGGGUGAGAGUUAUCUUUCAUGCCCAAAUAAGGCAUAUGUAGCUCUCGAAGGAAAUCGAUCAAAUUUGGUGCAUACUGCAUGGGCCAUGAUGGGUCUAAUUCAUGCUGGCCAACAAGAACGAGAUCCAACUCCUCUUCACAAGGCAGCAAAAUUAAUAAUAAAUUCUCAAAUGGAAACUGGUGAUUUUCCACAACAAGAAAUAACUGGAGUCUUCAUGAAAAAUUGUAUGCUACAUUAUGCAGCAUACAGAAACAUUUACCCAUUGUGGGCUCUAGCAGAAUAUCGUAGGCGAGUUUCAUUAUUAUCAUGAUGUAAAAAUACCUUGCAAUCUAUAUACCUAAAUUAUAUGGUCAUAGUUUUCAGAUAUACCUUGCAAUAUAUACCUAAAUUAAAUGUACCAUGAUGUCUCAAUAUUAUCACAGAUGUAAUAAGUCAUUUAUUAA